AUGGCCACCAACACAGGUCUGUGUUCUAAGCCUGAGGUAUUGUAUUUGAUGUAUGACAGUCUAUUACUAUUACUACUACUGUCUUAGGCACUGGUUCUAUUACCAUUCUCCCUCAUGUAGCCUGUGGCUGUGCUGUUGAACCACUCCGGCAUUAACCUUUCCUGGAGGCACAGGGAAGCCCAGGCAUGGAGCGCUCUUUAGCAUAAUGAGUGUGUUCAUCAAAGCCUGCCGUGCGUACAGGGCCCACUAGAUCCACUCACACACUGCCACACACACUCCCAAACCGCUUCCCCGCUGGGCCCCUGUGGACCUGGGCAGGGGCCGCCCUCGGACCUCAUUUGAGGAUGAAAUCGUUUGUCUGACCAGGAUGUCAUCUAUAAUUAAUGGCCACUUGUGAGUGUAAUUUAGAGAGAUCUCACCUGUGGCCCUGUCCCCAGCCCAGCGUGAGUAUACACACAGUCACACACGUGCAUACGCAGUGAGCGCAUACAUAUACUGUACACACAAAAAUGAACAAACGCACACACUCACUAAUGCAUGGACACACACACACACACACACACACACAGCCGUAUAUCCUAUAUAAACAUAGUUUCACACUUGUCUGGACCUCAGAAGUGAGCCACCAGUCUUCAGUAAAUCCCAUAAACUCUAAUUAAAAAUGGUGUAGAACCCUUUUGGGUUCCAGGUAGAACCCUUUGGGGUUCCAUGCAGAACCGUUUCCACAGAGGGUGAUACAUGGAACCAAAAAGGGUUCUACCUAGAACCAAAAAGGGUUCUCCUAUGGGGACAGCCGAAGAACCCUUUUGGAACCCUUUUUUUCUAAGAUGAAACCCCUAUAGUAGUCUCAAUGCCCUCUGAUUUCUCACAUUGUAGCAGCAGCUCUUACUGUCCAAGACCCCAACCACAUAUUGACUCCCCAUCACUCCUCCGAUAGUCUCCUAGUCCCUGUUGUGUCCCCCAGCCUCUGUCGAGCCCCCAUGGCCCCUGCAGAGCCACCAGCUGGCUACACGGUUCCCUUCUCACACCUUCCCACCAGCAGUAUGUUCACGUCUAGGGUGAGAGAUAACAGACUGCAAAUAAUGUACAUUAGAUAGAUUUUUAGUUUUUAGAUUUUAUGUGUCUGAUUAUUGUAGUCCCUAUAUUAUAACAAUUGAUAGGACCAUAUCCCUUCCAAACCAUUCUGUUACUUCAGUAUAUGUAUUGUGAUGAAUCUAGGAUUAUUUGUAUUUCAAUAUUGGACAAGAAAAAAUUACAUUAAAUGGAUUAAAUGAAAUGCUGUGUGUCUAUAUCACCUUGUAGUGGGCCUACAAUACAAUCCUCAAAUGCAAAUUGCCAUUAGUAUGCUUCAAGGAACUAGAAAUGUGCAUGCUGAGAAUGUUGUGGUAAUAUUAGGUAAAACUUAAAUAGAACAUUUUCUAAACUUUCUUGAAAUGUUCUGAGGGCCUCCAAGACAAGGUUAAUCUGAAGGUGAAAGAAAGGCACACCUGUUUAGGCGAGGUGCUGGCUAGCGGAGUAGAACACUUGAAAAAGAAAAGGAGAGCCGCAAACUCUAGGAGCUCAGAUGCAAUCAUUUAAUAACCAACCUUUCGACAGACAAGCUGUCCUCAUCAGGCUACCUCCAAGACAAGGUAAAAUAUAUAUUGUGUGAACAUCAAUGGAAUAGUAUUCUAAACAUAAAACAAAUAAAAGUAAUAAAAACAGACUUACUUGGAAAUUGUGGAACAUCGUGCAAUAUUGUGGGUAUGUUCUGUGCAAUCUCUAAAGUACAAUAUGUGAGUAUCACAAGAAUAUUCUUGCAACAUCCCAGACAACUCCCAUAACUUCAUUAAAUGUUCUGGGAAUUUUUAGCAGGUUUUCUGUCAACAUUCUUACAACAUUAAGGGAAUGUCCUGUGCACCCUAACUUAAACAUUGUAUGAAUGUCAUCACAACUGAGCAUAUCUUGUACCCACACUGUUCCCACAACCUAAUUAAAUGUUCUGGGAACCUUUAAAGUACUCAGAAACGCUGAUCUGUCAAUAUUCUUGCAACAUCAAAGGAAUGUUUUGUGCACCCUGAUACAAACAUUAUCUGAAUAUCAGCACAACUGGACAGUUUUAGUGUUUUGGGAACCUUGUCGUAUCCCCACAAUGUUCCCACAAUCUAAUGAAACAUUCUGGGAACCUUUAAAGAACAGACUAAAUGUGCUCUGGGAACGAUCUCGCAACAUCAGGCGAAUGUUUUAUACAAACAUUGUAUAAUCAUCAGCAAGACUGGACAGUUUUUGUGUUAUGAGAACAUUUGCUGCAACUUAACAAAUGUUCUGGGAACUUUCACAGAACCAAUUUUGUUUUGCUGGGAUGAUACUGAUAUUAUAAAUACACCCAGGGAUCAUUUGCUUGUAGUUCAAACAAACCCAUUCAUUGUACUGUUUUAUUUGGCGUUAUCUCUUUAAGAAAGGGGAGACAACACAACACAGGCCAUUUUUCAAGCUCCAGUCAGUGUUGUAGCACUCGGGGCGGUGUCAUGUUUAACAAAACAGUGCAUUGAUGCAAUGCACAAAGAGUUGGUUAUGUCAAUGUGAUAUUUAUCACCUCUGAUAAAAAAUUAAUUAGUGUGAAAAUAAGGUCAUAGAUCAUGGGGGCUUAGAUUAAGUGUCAGAGGGAAAAAUCAAUGGUUCUGUGCCUCAUGCUAACAGUGGACAGUAGAAAGAGCAUUAAAGAGCAUUACAAGGUGCUGUGGCCUGGGGAUAGCCUAGCCAUGCUACACUGAAGCCUGUUUGCCUUUGACACUUUUUAAUACAGUGACGAGACAGGGGUUUAUAAAGUAGAUGAGUUGACUAAUGAGGAGAGAACAGGGGCAUAAUACUGUGUUAAGUCUGCUCAGGGAGCUGCUUGCUUCAGUGGUUGGUGAAACCUGAGAGUGUUGUCUUUGAAGUUGUAGCUACAACAUUUACAUUUCAGUCAUUUAGCAGACACUCUUUUCCAGAGCGACUUACAGGAGCAAUUAGGGUUAAGUGCCUUGCUUAAGGGCACAUCGACAGAUUUUUCACCUAGUCGGCUCGGGGAUUAGAACCAGCGACCUUUCAGGUACUGGCACAACGCUCUUACCCACUAAGCUACCUGCCGCCCAUACAAAUUGUCUGUAAUGCACUCAAUGGUGGAAAAAGUACCUUUCUUUGUGUAUCUGAUCUUCAAAAUUAACUUACAUUUGCGAUAUAUUAUAUGUUAUGAUAUUAUGGACACACUCUGGUUAAUGAAACCCCUUUAUAUUCAAAUCUCUUGACCCACAUUAAAAGUAUCAACCUGUUCAGACCAUCAUUUUCAGUUGAUUCUCCAUUGAUCCUCAAUGGCCAUCUCAUUGGAGCUUCUCCCUGUUCCAGCUGUGUGUCAGAUCAUGGUGCUGAGCGCCAGUCUAUCAGCACAAAAAGGAUGGGAAUCCGAUGGGGCCAAUGGGAUGCUCCUAAUUACUUAAUGAACAGGGAGAUAAGGCCGUGAUUUGUUGCCAUGGCUCUCUUGUUAGGUUAAGUGGAGGGAAUCGACAGGACUGUCAGAUGACUCUAUUUAUUCCCAUGUUUAACUACUACACAAAGUUGUAGACUUGAAGAAGGCAAAGUGCUGCGUUUUGGUUUUGGUUAUAUUGUACUGUAAAAAAGUCAAUGUUCUAGUAGUAUAUGUUGAUUUUGACUUUAUCUAUUCCCUUGUAUAACUACAUUAAGUAGACUUGAGGACGACAAAGUGCUGUGUUUUGGUUCUGUUUAUAGUACAAUAUAAACUUGAUAUUGUACUGUAAAAGAGUGAAUUUGCUGUAUAAACUACUGUAUGUUUUACACGUGUUUUAGACAUCCUACAUUAAGUGGAGGGAACAAACAGGACAUUUAGAUUUCGACUAUCUGUUCCCAUUCGACUUGAGACUGUCUACAAAGUGCUGUGUUUGGUUUUGGUUAUAUUGUACUGUGUGUGCUGUGUGUACUGUAUGUUAUGUGUUUUAGACAUGCUGUAUUAAGCCUAUUACUGUGGUGAUAAGUGGUGCGCUGUACAAAAGGUACUGUACAUCGGAGGAGAAUAAUAGCCUCCUGUUGAGUUUGCCUCUCAUGUAAACAGAGAGAAACUUUCCGCCUGGCAACCAAGUAAUACAGCUGCUUGGAGACCUGGGUAGUUCCCCUGUGUCUUAAAGGUCGCAGGGCUUCAGAUGUGCGAGAGCCUCUUGAAAAUAACAAAAACAAACCAAAAUAAUUUCACCUCAGCUAGCGCUGGAAAUUAUUCGUCCAACAGCUCACUGCAGGUGUAAAGACUGCACAUCAUUUAGUUUCAGUCACACCACUAGUUGCUUUGUUUUUGAAUAGACUGGUGAAUAGGCCACCGCAUUUUUUUGUUUGCAAAUUAUGCUCACGUCUGUAUUUGUGUUUUGUCUGCAACAGGAGUGCUUGUGUGUUUUCGUUCUCGGCUGCCAUAGGCAAGUUUCUUGUGAGUAGGAACCAGACCUGGGUUCAAAUAGUAUUUGAAAUAUUUGAAAUAGCCUACAUUGAGCAUUUGCUUUAGCCUGCCUUAAGUGUAAGGUCAGGGGAAUUGCAUGUUGGGGACUUUUCUAUUGGUACAUUGCAACAGGCAAGUUCAAUCAAGCACAAUGGAAGUAUUUUACAUUAUUUCAAAUAAUAUUUGAACCCAAGUCUGCUAAGCGCACAGAUUUAUGGUGAGGUUUGCACAUGGAGCCCAGGGCAGCUGUUGGAAGUCAUGUUUGAGAGAUGGUAGAUGUGUUAUUGUGUAGUAGGCCCUCUCAGCAUGCCCCAUGUCUCCCCCCACUGUCUCUCUCUCUCUUUCACUCUUUCUUUCGCUCUCUUUUGCUCUCUCUCUCUCUCUCUCUCUCUCUCUCUCUCUCUCUCUCUCUCUCUCUCUCUCUCUCUCUCUCUCUCUCUCUCUCUCUCUCUCUCUCUCUCUCCUUACUCCUCUCUUUCCGCACCUAUUGACCAUGUUGCACAUUAUAAAUCAACAUCGGGCCGGGCUAUCCUGCAAGUGGCUAAUGAAAGCUCAUUUACAAAGCGGCUAAAUGGUCCUGACAAAAUUCCUAAUGAGGAAAUCAAUCAUUUAGUGAUUGUUACUCUGCUUACACUAAUACAUCCCGCUUGUAAGGCUUUGAUUCCAGCAAAAAGAAGGACAUUUUUUAUUGUAUUCAGUUCUGCAUGUCAGCACUGUUGUAAGGUUGUUUUUUUCUCUCUGUCGAAAGCCCCAUGAUGAUAAAUCUUCUGUUGGGGUUUCUGGCUAAAUUAACCAAUGGCUGUGAGGUGUGCAUUCAAAGAAAUCUCGCAAUCAGUCCACCAUCGUUGUUUUAUGCCUCAUUAAAUUAACUUAUUAAACUUCACUUCAAUGUGUACUACAUGUACAGUACAGGGUCUACAAAGAGUAGCUAAUAUUCCUCCUUCAAAGAUUGCUCCAUCUGUUUUUGCCAGGCGAAAGAAGUUUGAACAUCUUUCUUAACACAUGUUGAUAGAUAUUUUCUUUCCCCACUUAAUUCAUACUCACAGGGGGAGCUGCGAGUUAUUAUGAAUCUUUCAAAGCUCACUAACUCUAUGGGCAGAGUGCAAUAAGUUGAGACAACUCAUCUUUGCUGGCCAAACUGUGGCUACCAGAGCGUUUAGCAAUAUUGAUUCACCUUGUAGGCCUUUUAAACCUUGGAGUGUCUAUAAGAAAUCCUGUCUUCAUAGAGAUUUUUGUUCUAUGUUCUGUAUGAACAUUUCCCUUUGGGUAUUACGCCUACAGUUAUCCAUUCUCACUCAACAGUCCAUGUGGAUUAUUUCUGAAUUUCUAUUUGCUUUGUUUUACAGCUUGCUCUGUCUUAAUGUGUAGCCUACAUUCUGCAUCAAUCCUCAGAUUAACGUCAGGGACAGUAUUCAUAAAGCAUCGCAGAGUAGGAGUGUUGGUCUAGGAUCAGUUUUGCCUUUUAGAUUGUAAUAAAUGGACAGUUGGAACCUGAUCCUAGUCCCGGACUCCUAUUCUGAGACGCUUAAUAAAUACAACACGGCUCAGUAAAGUAAAAGCAUAUAGUCUCUAUACAGAGUAUCACAUUGUUAUAAAGACAGAUGGUGACUCUAACUAGCAGGGUCAUUGAUCAUCAGGCUUAGCUCUGGGAGAGUGUGCCCCUAGGAAAACAGGGGAGCAGCACCUCAGUCCUCAGUUAAUUGAAGGGCCAGUUAGAUUACCCUCUCUCACCCCUUGCUGUGUUUUAAUGCUAGGUACCCACCCCACAUACUCUGGUGGUUAAUCGGCUUUACGUUAGCCUUUGGGCUUCUACGUGUGUGAGACAUUAUGGUUAAUGAAUGACGUAUGUUUUUGGAGAUGUUGUGAAUAUGUUUUAAAUCCAAUAUCAAAUGUAUUUUAAAUUCUCAAACAAUAGUGGAUGGUAUUUACAGUAGUGGGUUGUAGGGCAGCAGGUAGCCUAGCGGUUAGAGUGUUGGGUCAGUAACCGAAAGGCUGCUGAUUUGAAUACCCUAGCUGACAAGGUGAAAAAUCUGUCAAUGUGCCCUUGAGCAAGGCACUUAACCCUAAUUUGCUCCAUGGGCGCCGCACUACUAUGGCUGACCCUGUAAAACAACACAUUUCACUGCACCUAUCUGGUGUAUGUGACAAUAAAACUUUUUUUAUUGUAAUAUAUAUUUUUGUUGAUAAAAAAUGGUGGAGAAUACUUCCAAAUCAAUUCUGAAAAGUCUGAAAUAAAUACAUUUCUGACAAACUGUACAUGAAUCAAAGCUAUUAUAGACAGAGAGCUAUUCCAUAAAACCCAGACUGACUAAAAGAGAAAUUGCGAGGAGAGAGAGGGAAAUCACUUUUUAUCCACUUUUUGUCCACUUUUUGUAUUGCUCACUGUAUGGCAGUAGAUUUUGAUGUGGGGAGAGAUAGAUUUUUGUUUCCUCCUAGUCCCCUUACACUUCUUGUUGUUUUGUUUUUCAGAACAAAGAAUAAGCUGUGGUACUUUGAGUUUGGCACUUCUGAGACCUUCUCGGCCACAUGCAAGAAGCUCCACGACUUUCUGGAGGUUGAGGUAAAUACAACUGCCUGCUUUCAAUUUUGGGAGAUUGGGACUAAGUAUUUGUAUGCUAUUUAAUGCUAUGACUUGUCACCAUUUAAUUGCACUACUGUGUAAUAAAUAAGUAAUAAUAUAACAAACUAUUCUCACUUGUACUGUUCUCUGCAACAAUAACACCUACUGUUAACAUGAAAAAUGAAGUCUUUGAAAGCAGACACAAUCAUCACAUCAGUGCAGUGAGAACAAAAAGCAAAAAGUAAAACACCUAUGUACAAUCUCCCUGGGAGAGAGAAUAAUGCCUCUAAUUUAGUGCACACCAUUUUAAGACACUGAGCACCAGCCACCUCCUGAUCCACAAAUAGCCUUCCAUUUGUACCAAUUUCACUCUGGAAGUGUUGAGGAGGGAGGGAGGCCUCCCCUCUCCCCCUCCCACUCCCCUAACUGAUCCUCAGCCCAACACACAGGUAAUUAUCCCGGCACGACCCUGCUGUGUGUGAUAUUGAGGGAUAAUGAAGGUGGUGUCUAUCCGAUCCAUCUCCCCCUCCUCAGAGCCAUCAGCGGUGGCAGAGGUCUUCAUUAAUUAGCUGUGGACAGUACGGUACUGAAGGGGAGCAUGUAUAGUGUGGAAUACAGGCUCUGUAUUAAAAUACACUGAGAGAGGACAGAGAAGUGGCCUGUUAUUAUACAGCUGGCAACUGAGGGAAUUCCUAAUAUGGAUGCCGUACUAGUAUAAGGUUGUUAGAAGUCAUGGCUGGUGGCAGGGCCCCUUCUGGUGGACAUUUCCAGCUUGCCAAAGAUCAAAUGGCUUCGACAUAGAUGGUAAAUCAUCACUCAGCAGUGAACGCUGUCAGAUGAGCAUGUAAAGUUUUGAAAACACCUAACUGAGAUGCUUUGGCUCAAGUGUAACCGGUGUGAAAUGGCUAGCUAGUUAGCGGUACGCGCUAGUAGCAUUUCAAUCGGCGACGUCACUCGCUCUGAGACCUUGAAGUACUAAAGAAAUGUUUCAAGAGAGACACUUUGAUUAUUGAUUUGAUGUCUGGCAGACAUAUCAAUGUGGAUGUCGGAUCACCACCUCAAGCUGAACCUCGGCAAGACGGAGCUGUUCUUCCUCCCGGGGAAGGACUGCCCGCUCCAUGAUCUCGCCAUCACAGUUGACAACUCCAUUGUGUCCUCCUCCCAGAGUGCAAAGAACCUUGGCGUGACCCUGGACAACACCCUGUCGUUCUCCGCUAACAUGAAAGCGGUGACCCGAUCCUGCAGGUUCAUGCUCUACAACAUUUGCAGAGUACGACCCUACCUUACACAGAAAGCGGCACAGGUCCUAAUCCAGGCACUUGUCAUCUCCCGUCUGGAUUACUGCAACUUGCUGUUGGCUGGGCUCCCUGCCUGUGCCAUUAAACCCCUACAAUUUAUCCAGAACGCUGCAGCCCGUCUGGUGUUCAACCUUCCCAAGUUCUCUCAUGUCACCCCGCUCCUCCGCACACUCCACUGGCUUCCAGUUGAGGCUUGCAUCUACUACAAGACCAUGGUGCUUGCCUACGGAGCUGUGAGUGGAACGGCACCUCCUUACCUUCAGGCUCUGAUCAGACCUUACACCCAAACGAGGGCACUACGUUCAUCCACCUCUGGCCUGCUAGCCCCCCUACCUCUGCGGAAGCACAGUUCCCGCUCAGCCCAGUCAAAGCUAUUCGCUGCUCUGGCACCCCAAUGGUGGAACAAGCUCCCCCACGACGCCAGGACAGCGGAGUCACUGACCACCUUCCGGAGACACUUGAAACCCUACCUCUUUAAGGAAUACCUGGAAUAGUAUAAAAUUAAUCCUUCUACCCCCCCCCCCCCCCCCCCCCAUAUAUAUAUAAUAAAAUAUAAUAAAAUAAAAAGUGGUUGUCCCACUGGCUAUCAUAAAUUGAAUGCACCAAUUUGUAAGUCGCUCUGGAUAAGAGCGUCUGCUAAAUGACGUAAAUGUAAUCACUCUCUCUCUUGCUCCCUCCCUCUUCCCUCUCUCUUGCUUUCUUUCCUGACCCUUGUCCUUUGUAAAGUGCGAUGGCAUCACUCUGGACCUAGACAGCAUCUCUUUGGAAGGUAUCGCAAUUUUAAACAUUCCCAGCAUGCAUGGCGGCUCCAACCUGUGGGGUGAGAGCAGGAAAAGGCGGAGCAACCGCCGGGGAGGGAAGAAGACCCAGGAUAAGAGGACAACAGUGCUGGACCCCAAAGAGCUUCAAUUUGCUGUCCAAGGUAGCUAUUGUAAUGAUGGAUACUGGUGAAAUUAAAAUGUAUUUAUUGCAAUUCCAACUUUGAGGAAACAUUGUUCACAUUGUCAAUUUCUUUUACAUGGAGUAUUUUACAUAGGUCCUUUAAGGUCUUUUAAAAUGUCAAAGGCUUGGUCAUAUUCAGGUAUGCCUCUUACAGAUCAGUACUACAACCAAGCAUACACAGGGUAACACCAGGCUUGAAAUGCUACAACUCCAUGGCUGAUCGGCUGCCAUUUUGUGUAUAGAUUUUUGAGCAUAGAAGACCCUUUCUCCUAAUAAUCUGUGACACUAAGAGGCAAGACCUUGUCCAAGCUCACAUUAGACAGAUCAGAGACAAACUUUGGGACAAGUUUUCCAUGGCACUGGUAUGAAUAUUUCACCAAUGACAAGUUAAAUCACAGUGCUUAGAUUUGGUUUGGGAUGAAGGGGUACGGUUUAAUGUCACUGAUUCGCACUGUCACUAGACUGGUAAUGGCUUGUGUAGGCGGCAGUGGACAACCUAGCCUAAUAGGAGCAGACUGUGGGAGCUCAGUGUGAAUUCUGCUGCCGUUGUGGGCACUGAAUACAUAAAUAUGUCAGAAGGGAGCCCAUCAAUGAGAAUCUAUGAAUUAACACAGAUGAUUGUUUAGGAGGAGUUAACGUCAGACGGUAAACUGGUAAACUGUCUACUCAUGUCUAGUUUGUGGAUGAUCACCUUAGUCACUAGUUAAGUUACUGUAAACAAGCAUUUAUCAACUUCUUAUACAAUAUUAUGUAGAGGGUUGUCCUCACAUGGAGCAGCAUAAUGUAGGGGAGUGUAAUUCACAGUGGACUAGGGUUACUCCUUGCGCCUCGAUCACACCGUCAUUGCGUCGCAGCAUUGCGUUGCAGAGGCAGUUGCAGUGCGUUCUGUGAGGUGCAUACGUUGGAUUAAUCAAACGUAUGCAUCAAACUGUAUGCGUAGACCGCUUGACAGAAAUGGUAGCAGAAGGUGAAUGUUAAACUUUUGUUGCACGCAUAUCCAGAUGAUGCUGCAUACCAUUUUGCGCAAUGACGCUGUAGGUGUGAGCAAGGUGUUAGGGGAGUAUUUGUAUUGAAAGGUGUACAGUAUUUUAUUACAAGGGCAUUGUACAGAUACAGGAUCUUAAUUUGACCAGUAUUGUUGUAGCGAAAUAAUAGCAACAGGAUUUGAACAUUUAGUCCAUAAUGUUGCUUGAUUGGUGUUUAGGCUGUUAGCUGGACAAAAGUAGGCCACAUGAAAAGUGCAAUAAUGUUAAUGUUUUCAGCGAAAGUAUGUACAUCACUAAGCUAAUCUGCAUUUCCUUCGCCACAGGAAGAUUCUCAGCAACAAAAGAGUGAUCAAAUUAAGAUUCUACAUCUGUAGUAUGUGGUAGUAUUUUGCUGGUGUGUUAUGUCCAGGCUUGAUUAGAUCAUAGAUCAACCAAAUCAGAUUCAUACAGUGUAUAGUUAAAGUCAAAUCACACAAGACUGGGCAUGUGACAAUUUUUUACAGUCAAAUGUAAAAUUAUACCAAGGAUGUUUUCAUGAAUUAGUACCACUGCGAUGUACACUGCACUUUAUAAUAGGCAACCCAUUGAUUAUAUAUAUAUAUCCUUCUCAGUUAAAAUCAAUGUACCAAAUCCAUUAUCUGCCUGUGUGCUUCGCCAACAGUGGAGUAUUGAAGAGAUUCCCCCUGCUCUUUAAUUUCAGUCAAUAUGAGUCAAGGACUGAUGAAUGCACCCAUUUGGAUCAUGCAUGUUCUUUCUAAUAUCCUAAGGCAUCAUCCAUUUCAUGGAGUUCUACUCUUAUAGGCUGGGAGAAAGGCAAUUGGCAGAGCCUUAUACAGUGAGGGAAAAAAGUAUUUGAUCCCCUGCUGAUUUUGUACGUUUGCCCACUGACAAAGAAAUGAUCAGUCUAUAAUUUUAAUGGUAGGUUUAUUUGAACAGUGAGAGACAGAAUAACAACAAAAAAAUCAAGAAAAUCGCAUGUCAAAAAUGUUAUAAAUUGAUUUGCAUUUUAAUGAGGGAAAUAAGUAUUUGACCCCCUCUCAAUCAGAAAGAUUUCUGGCUCCCAGGUGUCUUUUAUACAGGUAACGAGCUGAGAUUAGGAGUACACUCUUAAAGGGAGUGCUCCUAAUCUCAGCUUGUUACCUGUAUAAAAGACACCUGUCCACAGAAGCAAUCAAUCAAUCAGAUUCCAAACUCUCCACCAUGGCCAAGACCAAAGAGCUCUCCAAGGAUGUCAGGGACAAGAUUGUAGACCUACACAAGGCUGGAAUGGGCUACAAGACCAUCGCCAAGCAGCUUGGUGAGAAGGUGACAACAGUUGGUGUGAUUAUUCGCAAAUGGAAGAAACACAAAAGAACUGUCAAUCUCCCUCGGCCUGGGGCUCCAUGCAAGAUCUCACCUCGUGGAGUUGCAAUGAUCAUGAGAACGGUGAGGAAUCAGCCCAGAACUACACGGGAUGAUCUUGUCAAUGAUCUCAUGGCAGCUGGGACCAUAGUCACCAAGAAAACAAUUGGUAACACACUACGCCGUGAAGGACUGAAAUCCUGCAGUGCCCGCAAGGUCCCCCUGCUCAAGAAAGCACAUAUACAUGCCCGUCUGAAGUUUGCCAAUUAACAUCUGAAUGAUUCAGAGGAGAACUGGGUGAAAGUGUUGUGGUCAGAUGAGACCAAAAUGGAGCUCUUUGGCAUCAACUCAACUCGCCAUGUUUGGAGGAGGAGGAAUGCUGCCUAUGACCCCAAGAACACCAUCCCCACCGUCAAACAUGGAGGUGGAAACAUUAUGCUUUGGGGGUGUUUUUCUGCUAAGGGGACAGGACAACUUCACCGCAUCAAAGGGAUGAUGGACGGGGCCAUGUACCGUCAAAUCUUGGGUGAGAACCUCCUUCCCUCAGCCAGGGCAUUGAAAAUGGGUCGUGGAUGGGUAUUCCAGCAUGACAAUGACCCAAAACACACAGCCAAGGCAACAAAGGAGUGGCUCAAGAAGAAGCUCAUUAAGGUCCUGGAGUGGCCUAGCCAGUCUCCAGACCUUAAUCCCAUAGAAAAUCAGUGGAGGGAGCUGAAGGUUUGAGUUGCCAAACGUCAGCCUCGAAACCUUAAUGAAUUGGAGAAGAUCUGCAAAGAGGAGUGGGACAAAAUCCCUCCUGAGAUGUGUGCAAACCUGGUGGCCAACUACAAGAAACGUCUGACCUCUGUGAUUGCCAACAAGGGUUUUGCCACCAAGUACUAAGUCAUGUUUUGCAGAGGGGUCAAAUACUUAUUUCCCUCAUUAAAAUGCAAAUCAAUUUAUAACAUUUUUGACAUGUGUUUUUCUGGAUUUUUGUUGUUGUUAUUCUGUCUCUCACUGUUCAAAUAAACCUACCAUUAAUAUUAUAGACUGAUCAUUUUGUCAGUGGGAAAACGUACAAAAUCAGCAGGGGAUCAAACACUUUUGUCCCUCACUGUAAAUGACGGCUUUGGCAAGAGGGCUUAAGAUGGUAGUGGUGGUCGGAGAUGAUCAAUUCACACAGCAUCGAUACACUACAGUAGUCACUCCCUUCCAUUAAUUCACUCAAAAAUCAUUUGAUUUGGUGUAAAGGAUUUUUUUUUUAUCCUAACCCUCAGCCUGAACCUGAAAAGGCACUUAGUGGCCAGUGAGUGAGUGCUGGUUGCUGGUUGCCCUUGCUGAAGGUAUGUUCAAGGUGAGAGGCCCAACUUGUCAGAUCAGAGAAUGGCGUAUUAGAGGGGCCCAUAAACACAGAGUGCAUUAGCCUGGGGGGCCCUGGGGCUGGGGGCCGUGGGGGCUGGUGGCUGUACGCAUACCCAGAGCACGGAGCGCAAAGUGCGGAUCAAACUGGGAAAAAACGACUGACCUUUCUGGAGCUGUUAAGUCGUCCCGCUGUUGACGCCAGGAGACAAGCCCCUCAGGUGGAAGGGAAUGGCUAUGGGUGAAUUAUUUAGAACGGGGGCAGAAGGGAGAGGUAACAGGGGGAGGGUGAGGGGGCGUGGAGGGUGGGUGUGGGGGAUUGAUGCCCUGAGACAUGUACCACGGAGAUUCCAAAGGUGGUCUCAACGUUGUUCACCCACUCCCUCUCUGUCACUCUGCAUGUUGUCAGUGUUGUAGAGACUGCCCUGGACAGGUAUUUGACAAUGACAAGGAUGCUGGGACUAAUCUUGCACUGUGACAACUCGAUUAUGAGGCGUGGGCUGCUUAAUGCAGGACUUGGCUGUGUGCGUAAGCAACUGCAACAUCUCUGUGACUCGGUCUUGUCUUCUAUCUGAGAUAAGUGAUGUUGAUGUGUGAACAGGAAUGAUUUGGUCUUUAUUUGGUCCCCUCUUCUAAACAAAUUAUUUUGAAACCACUAUGAGUGUAAAACUAAAUUCCUAUUACUUGUAUGACUCUGUAUUUUCCAUUUAUCUAAGAUAAGUGGGGUUGAUGUAUGAAGAGGACAAGUUGUAGUGCUAAGCGAUCACAAUGCGCCAUUUUUCUAGAGCAAAAUCAAAUUAUUAAUGAGAGAAAUCAAGUCAAGAGCUAUGUGGGAUGCUGGGCUGAAGGGAGUUGUAGUUUUCAGUAAGCAAAUAUUCAACCUAGUUCAGAGCAGCAACGUGGUAAUUAACUAUAAUGACCAUAACCUAUUGCACCUGUUCUUUCCGGCUCAGACAGAGAUGGAUACACUUUUACGCCUGCUACAUUAGAUUAGAUACACAGAGACCGCAUAGACCACAUGAGAGAGGAAUGUACACAACACAACUACGAGUGAGAGAGAUAGAGACAGCUUGUGAAAGUAUGCCUUAUCUACUUUGAAGAACUAGUAAAAUGAUUUCGUCAGACAGCUCUGCAGGAUACUUAGGCAGGCUAGCCUAGAUAAAUAGGAUGACUACAGACAGUACAGUAUGGCUGCUACUGUCUAAGCAGAGAUGAGAUGAUGACUUUAAGGAAUGAAAAAUAAUAAAGCCAUCAAAUAAAAACUAAGUAAUAUACACAACUGAAAUAUUGUAUUAUUUCAUAGUAAUUUCCUAUGUUUCUGUUGAUGUCUACCCAGUGUGGACCUGACAGAGACAAUGGAAUAUUUUCAAUGUUUUGGCGAUUAAAUGAUCACUAUUUUUGGCUUUGCAAUUUCCAUUAAAAAGCUCUAAAAUCAUUUAAAUGUCAUUAUUUCAUAAUUAAUUUAAUGUAAAAAAUUAUUAUAAUAAUCGAAAUCCAUGAUUAUUUUGUAGUAAUCGAACCGAAACAGAACCGACCUCAAAAAGCACUAACAAGUUGUUAUUUUUGCUAGAUCUAUGUUUCCACUUCACCCUCCACCUUUUACCCAUUUAAACACUGCAUGAUGAGUGAAUGUGGGUCUUCUCUCAGAGUACAGCACUUGAUGAUAUGUUAGAAAACCUCUUCGCUAUCACCAACUCUCAACCAAUAACACUUGACCAGAAUGAUGUAGACAGAUUAGUGAGAGCAGACCCAUAUAUUUACAUGGCUCUGAGUUAGAGAAACCUGUCCGGAAGUGCUGGUGUCACUAGUGUUGACCUUUUCUUUUUUUUAUCACUUGAAAAUAAGAAAGAAAAUAUAUCUUUAAUCUCUCUCUCGUCUGACAUGUGCAACUAGUGCCUCUGAGCUCACAUGAUUUCCUUUUCAAAUCAAAUCAAAUCUGGGAAAACUGGAGUCUGUUCUUUCUUCCAUGACUAUAGACUACAAACCAGGCAUCCAUCACUAUUAUUAAACAGGCACUGCACUGGUUGUAACAGUCAGAUUGUAUUAUACACGCAUUCAUUAAUCCUUAAGAGUCUAUUGACGCACCUGUGCGUCAAUCUAAGUAACAUAGUAAAAAAAUCCCCAUCAAAAUCUGUCAGUUUAAGCUAGAGAUAUCUACGACCCACAAGUGUCACGGGGCUUGUCUGAAGGUAACCCAUACAAACGAAUGGAAGUAUGGAGGUAGUUUUGUGCCCCCAAAAAUACGGGGUUAAAUCUUUUUUACUGUGUAUUUUUCUAUUAAUGAAUGUGUUAUUCAAUGUGUUUCUAUGGGCAAUAGUAGUAAAGGCCAAAAAUAGUACACGUUUUAUUUUUGGGGGAUACCUAAAGGGGUCCUAAAAUUCAAAAUGAAAUAGCUAAAUGAUCCAUGGUAUGACCAUCUUAAAAUAAUUUCAUAUGUUAGCUUAGUCCCCCACCCCUCCCCCCAACGGCUUAUGCUUUUAGAGGUUAAACAACUGAAGUAGCCUCAUGAAAAUACUAAUACAACCACCACUGUUUAUGAUAAUCAUAUACCCAUCAUUUGUUAUUUUCAAACAUAGGCAAAUUCAUAAAUGUCCAUUGAUGAUCUCCCUGCCCUGACCUUGGUUGCUGAGAGCAGAUCACGCUCCUGGCCUUUCCCACAGUAAGCACUCUGGGGUAUACUAUAUGACCUGUGUGUAGCCCCGGGCAACCAGGAAUCUCCACACGUUUAUCCAUCGCCGUAGUGACGCUGUCCAUCAUACGUGUCAGCCAGGGGCUGCGUAAGCCAGCAGCGCUAACGUGAGAAGGCAUGCUGGGAGGGAGGGCCCAGUGUCAGGUGGUUAGCACACUGUGUACAUGCACAGGCACGGAGGCAUACACACACACUCACAGCCACGCACGUGCAAACACACAUGCAUACACACACACACACACACACACACACACACACACACACACACACACAGGCAUGCAGGCAUAAACACACACAUACACACACAGGUGUGAACACACAUGUAUUCACACACAAGCACGCAUGUGCGAACGCACACAAACUCUCUUUUUAGCUCUCAUGCCAGGGCAAGCUCUCCAUUCGCAAUUUAACACAGAGGGUGUGGACCCAGCCUGUUGCUAUAGUGACAGCUGGACACUACCCCUCAACAGAAACAUCCAUAGAAAUACAACUAUGGUUGAUUUAUAUACUGUAUCUACAGUGAGGGAAAAAGGUAUUUGAUCCCCUGCUGAUUUUGUACGUUUGCCCACUGACAAAGACAUGAUCAGUCUAUAAUUUUAAUGGUAGGUUUAUUUGAACAGUGAGAGACAGAAUAACAACAACAAAAAAACAGAAAAACGCAUGUCAAAAAUGUUAUAAAUUGAUUUGCAUUUUAAUGAGGGAAAUAAGUAUUUGACCCCUCUGCAAAACAUGACUUAGUACUUGGUGGCAAAACCCUUGUUGGCAAUCACAGAGGUCAGACGUUUCUUGUAGUUGGCCACCAGGUUUGCAAACAUCUCAGGAGGGAUUUUGUCCCCCUCCUCUUUGCAGAUCUUCUCCAAGUCAUUAAGGUUUCGAGGCUGACGUUUGGCAACUCGAACCUUCAGCUCCCUCCACAGAUGUUCUAUGGGAUUAAGGUCUGGAGACUGGCUAGGCCACUCCAGGACCUUAAUGUGCUUCUUCUUGAGCCACUCCUUUGUUGCCUUGGCUGUGUGUUUUGGGUCAUUGUCAUGCUGGAAUACCCAUCCACGACACAUUUUCAAUGCCCUGGCUGAGGGAAGGAGGUUCUCACCCAAGAUUUGACGGUACAUGGCCCCGUCCAUCGUCCCUUUGAUGCGGUGAAGUUGUCCUGUCCCCUUAGCAGAAAAACACCCCCAAAGCAUAAUGUUUCCACCUCCAUGUUUGACGGUGGGGAUGGUGUUCUUGGGGUCAUAGGCAGCAUUCCUCCUCCUCCAAACACGGCGAGUUGAGUUGAUGCCAAAGAGCUCGAUUUUGGUCUCAUCUGACCACAACACUUUCACCCAGUUCUCCUCUGAAUCAUUCAGAUGUUCAUUGGCAAACUUCAGACGGGCCUGUGUAUGUGCUUUCUUGAGCAGGGGGACCUUGCGGGCGCUGCAGGAUUUCAGUCCUUCACGGCGUAGUGUGUUACCAAUUGUUUUCUUGGUGACUAUGGUCCCAGCUGCCUUGAGAUCAUUGACAAGAUCCUCCCGUGUAGUUCUGGGCUGAUUCCUCACCGUUCUCAUGAUCAUUGCAACUCCACGAGGUGAGAUCUUGCAUGGAGCCCCAGGCCGAGGGAGAUUGACAGUUCUUUUGUGUUUCUUCCAUUUGGGAAUAAUCGCAUCAACUGUUGUCACCUUCUCACCAAGCUGCUUGGCGAUGGUCUUGUAGCCCAUUCCAGCCUUGUGUAGGUCUACAAUCUUGUCCCUGACAUCCUUGGAGAGCUCUUUGGUCUUGGCCAUGGUGGAGAGUUUGGAAUCUGAUUGAUUGAUUGCUUCUGUGGACAGGUGUCUUUUAUACAGGUAACAAACUGAGAUUAGGAGCACUCCCUUUAAGAGUGUGCUCCUAAUCUCAGCUCGUUACCUGUAUAAAAGACACCUGGGAGCCAGACAUCUUUCUGAUUGAGAGGGGGUCAAAUACUUAUUUCCCUCAUUAAAAUGCAAAUAAAUGUAUAACAUUUUUGACAUGUGUUUUUCUGGAUUUUGUUGUUGUUAUUCUGUCUCUCACUGUUCAAAUAAACCUAUCAUUAAAAUUAUAGACUGAUCAUUUCUUUGUCAUUGGGCAAACGUACAAAAUCAGCAGGGGAUCAAAUACUUUUUUCCCUCACUGUAUGGUAACUAUGGUAAUCUAAGGCAACACUCAAACAUCUUAGAAGUCCUUAACAUGAACCUGGCCCUAGCAGCAGCAACCUAGCAUUAGCAACUUAGCACGACAAUGACAGCAUGCUAGUUUGUUCUACCAUACCCACCAAGGCCCUAAAAUGGGUCUUAGUUUCAAUUAGUGUCUCUCUGCACUCCCAACAGGGCUUAAUUUGCGGAGGGGCGAGUAGUCUGAGAGUAGGAGGAAUAACAGGCCUGCUGAAACAGAUGGGCUCAGCGCGACACUGGGCUUCCAGCAGGGGCAAAAUCAAUGCUCAUAACUUCAAAACAGAAAAUAAAUUAAUAAUUAUAGGAAGACAAGAUUGCUUGCAUUGCCAGCGCAAUCUAAUUAAUAGGUGUUUUGUUUAUGGCUGCUGGUUGUUGUUCUUGUUGCUUCUUUUUUUCCUUUCAACAGUGAAUAUUCAGGCUUUGGAGAGCGGAAGGCAAACUGUGCACCUUGAAAAUGAGGCACACCUCCUUUUCGCCUCUUUUAUCCCUCCUGUUCUCAGCAUCUUUCUUCUUCUUCUUCUUCUUCUUCUUCUUCUUCUUCUUCUUCUUCUUCUUCUUCUUCUUCUUCUUCUUCUUCUUCUUCUUCUUCUUCUUCUUCUUCUUCUUCUUCUUCUUACUCAAGGUGAAUGGAUUCCAGAGUUAACCAAUGGCUUGAUUUAGGAUCGAUUCAAACUGUAAUGCUCAGUUCAGGUCCACAGGAUGUUCGAGAGAUGGUCUGAGUUCUAUGUGUAGGUGUGUUUAUGGCUCUGUGUCUGUAGACCCGUCAGACCAGCUGUUGGAGGUGGUGGGUCUGGAGGGAGCCAUGGAGAUGGGACAGAUCCAUAUCGGCCUGAGGAGUGCAGGAAGACGCCUGGCCCAGUGCUCCUCAGUCACCAUCAGGUCAGUACCCCUUGACCACAACCACUGAUCACUGUCUGAGGGGGCACCGGCUAGUUGAGGUAGUUGAAGUAAUAUGUACAUGUGGGUAGAGUUAAAGUGACUAUGCAUAAAUAAUUAACAGAGUAGCAGCAGCGUAAAAAGGAUGGGGUGGGGGGGCAGUGCAAAUAGUCCGGGUAGCCAUGAUUAGCUGUUCAGGAGUCUUAUGGCUUGGGGGUAGAAGCUGUUGAGAAGUAUUUUGGACCUAGACUUGCGGUAGCAGAGAGAACAGUCUAUGACUAGGGUGGCUGGAGUCUUUGACAAUUUUGAGGGCCUUCCUCUGACACCGCCUGGUAUAGAGGUCCUGGAUGGCAGGAAGCUUGGCCCCAGUGAUGUACUGGGCCGUACGCACUACCCUCUGUAGUGCCUUGCGGUCGGAGGCCAAGCAGUUGCCAUACCAGGCGGUGAUGCAACCAGUCAGGAUGCUCUCGAUGGUGCAGCUGUAUAAUUUUUUGAGGAUCUGAGGACCCAUGCCAAAUCUUUUCAGUCUCCUGAGGGGGAAUGUUUUAUCCCAUCCAUUCAACCUUCUGACUUUUUAACAACAUAGAAACAAUCUAGAUGGAAGACAUUACAGACGUCAAGAAUAAUGUUUCAAGAGGGAUUUUUGUUUGUCGUUGUCAGGACUACCAAAGCCCUCCCCAUGCAGAUUGAUGGAGAGCCCUGGAUGCAGACUCCCUGUACUGUAAGUCAUGUCAAUGUUCCAUUUAUUGUGGUAUUAAUUAAUGUACAAUGUGCUACACACAGGUGGUUCAUAUAGAAAGGUCAUCAUCUGCUGCACUCUAUGCUCCAACAGAUAUUAAUGCUUUAAAGUUCUUGAGAGUGAAGUUGCAUUGUUUUAUACAUAUUUGUAAUUUAUCAUAACUGAUAUGUAAUAAUACAAACCUUUUCUUUUAAUGUAUUCACCUGGUCCCUCAUACAACUCCCAUACACAAGUACAAGUGUUUAUUCUGUUUUAAAUUUGUGCUGAUUAAACCAGUGUUUGCUUUUAAUUACAUUGUGACUUCUCUGACAGCAUCACAGAUGAAGUGGAGACAGAAUUUACAUACAGAUCUUUCAGUCAAUGUAGGAGAAUCUAGUGCAUGACAAAACAAGUAGUUUAUAAGUGCACUUGUGUCUGUUGGCAAAACUCCACAAAUCAAAGUUAGGCUCUGACAAUACAUAAUUGUGUGUUGGGGGAUUUCCAUGGUGAGUUACAGUCAACCUGUUAAAUGUUCACAAAAACAGUACAAUUAAAAUGGGAUGUUAUCCAACUAAUUAUUAACAAGAACGGUUAUGCAAAUCAUGUUUUGCAUGCAUAAGAUAAUUAACCCCAUUAAUUUGCACUUAUAACAUGUAUUACUACAUCUCUAUUGUACACUGGCAUAACCAUUAAAGGGGCAUAUAUUUGUUUAAAUUAAUUAUAUAUAGUCAUUGAUUCUUGAAGGGUAUAACUUAUAAAUUCCUUAAUUAUCUUAGUUCAACCCCAAAUAUACAUUUGUUUUACUCCAUUGUUUGUAAACCAUGCAAUUGUAAACAAACACUGACUGUGUAGCUUUAAAACAUGGUUAAAAAUAUAUUUUGAUCUAAUGGAUGGUCAAACCCAGUUUUGAUGAAUUUCAGAGUGGUUACAUUCUCCAGCCCCAUCCCUCAGCUAUUUACCAAAACAGUGGCGGGGUAGCCGCUUUAUUGGGGUUUCAACUAAAUAUUUCCCCUUUACCAUAAAAUACAAACUAUUUUAGCCCUUUAAGCUUUCAAACAUGUUCAGCUUCUCUUUCAAGUCCUUCUUUUGUGCUGAACCUUUUUUUGACCUCAAUUCCCAUGGAAAGGUUAAUUUGUCAAUUAAGUGAUACUCCAGUAACAUUAAGUUCAAUCAUGUUGAAUAUAAUUUGGACAUCAAGCCCAUGCACAAUAACGUCCACUACAGUGUUAGAGUUCAGGAACGAUGAAUGGCAUGCUUCUCUUUGAAGUAAAAGGGUUUCUUUUAUGCUGAUGAUUCCAUUUACCUUGCUCAUUAUGCUUGUUUGUACAACGAGGGCUAUAGUAUAAUGAGCUACAUACAGGUCAGGGCAUACCUUGAUGGUUGAUCUGUGGUAGUUUCACUUUUUUUUUAUUCUGAAAUACUAAUAGCAUCUAAUACUCAUAGAAUUCAAGCAUCAAGCUUUUCUCUGUGGUCGCUUAUUGGAAUGGCAUGGUUACAUUAUUACACAUAGACCAUGACCUCCCUUGCUGUACAGUGUAUGUUCAGUGGGUCCAUAAAAAUGUGUGUGCUCCAUGUUUUGAAAGCAUUUAGCCAACCAUACCAUACCAUACCAUACCACCAUGUAACUCUAUCCUGUUUCCCUCACUCUCUGUCCACACCAGAUUGAAAUAGUGCAUAAGAACCAGGCCCCGAUGUUGAUGGGUCCCCCACAAGGCAACAGCUUCUUCUCCUCUGUGAUCCGACGAACAUGCAGCGAGAGCAAAGACUGA